AUGUUCAGUUUCCUUAGAAAGAGAAGCUCAACUUCAUCGGUGCCAAAUAAUAAUGUUGGCUCGAAGACUACAACAAAUGCCUCAUCACAGGCAUCAUCAAAGAGUUCAUCAUCACAAAGACAUAAUAAGACUGUGAUCGAGAGGAAAAUAUCGGUAUCGGACGGUGGUGCCGCACCCAGAGAUGCCGUCAGUCUGGGGCAUGGCCGAUCAGAGGUCACACGAUCAGACUCACAAAUACUAUCAAGGCUAUUCCAAGACAAUAAUGGCAGCAAGAAGGGUGGAUCGUCAUCGUCAGGCAGGAAGUCAACAUACACAGAGAAGGAGAUAUUCCCUGGCGGAGUCAAGAGAGGUGUAAAGGGAAUAAUGAUGGUUGGCGAGGGCAAUGAAGAUGUGUUGUCACGUGCCAGAACUUAUAUCAACACAUCAGGCGAGCUACACUUUACAGACGAGGACUUGGAUCAAUACAUGUUGCAGCCUUCUUCAUCAUCAUAUUCAUCAUCACCAUCACCAGUACUCAACUCCAACUUUCCAACUAGUUACACUGAGCCACAUCAGCCUGUACUCAGGGUGCCAAACAUCGUGUCCAUGUCCAAGUUUGGCUUUGAACAAGACGACGAAGACGAUGACAUGUUCUGGGAUGAAGAGAUGCCAUCACGUCUCAAUGGUCUUUCUCAAUGGGCUCCAAACUCGCCAGAGAUCAUCUCGACAUCCGCCCCCAAGACCAAGUCAACACAGUUUGCAACUGAGUUUCCACAAACUCAAGAGGUUGUUGUCGACAGCUUGACACUCAACGACAACAAUGGAUGCUUCAACCUUGAGGAUCUUACAACAUCACAAGUCAUGGCACAUAUUGAGAGAGAGGAGGAACAACCCGCGCUAUCAGAGCUGGAAGAUGCAGACUUCCCAACAGAGGACAUCUCCAAACUUGAUACUUCAGUUCAGUUCAUUGUCAACGGCCAGGCCACUCAACAACAUCACCAACAACAUAAUGAUGAUGAUACAAUCAGUCAACUAUCAGAUGCAACCGAUGCCUCUGAUACAUCCGAGUCAUUCUUUGAAGAACAUACUCCACAAGUCACAUCCUUGGACGACUUGGUUGACCAACUGCCAGUUUCCGACCAGCAUCUGAAACAUGUGGCUGCCAAGGAGAUGGACGAUGACAAGAGAGCGGCCAUCAAAGCUUCAUACGAGGCUGGUAUCCUAGAGCUGGAACAGCUUGAGUUGGAAGUGCUGGGGAGCAGGUCCAGCAAUCAGGUAUCCGUGUCCGUGCCAGUGCCCGUGAAUGUGCCCGCUGUGGCUGAGCAGCAGGUGUCGUCCGAGCAAUCCACGCCAACAUUGAGCCCAUUGCUCAAUGAUGAACCCGACAUAUUCAAACUAUUAUCCGAUAUGAUUGCUUCGCCCUUCUCCAAUCAACUGGUCAACGACAGUAUCGAACGACUCAAGGUGUCCAAGGAGGCCAAGCCACAAACAUCAUUGCAAAGGAUGUUUGUAAAUCCAGUGUAA